GGGGACUUGACGAUCUCGGCCAGAGUCCUUCAGGAAAAUAUCCAACAGUCACCACAGGGAUCUCUUGUUGGCUGCUCACUGUUCCAUCGUUUAACAAAGAACAACAAAACAACCCUUCACCAUGGCGGACGAUGAGAGAAAGAAACUGGAGGAGGAAAAGAAGAGGAAACAGGCGGAAAUCGAGCGCAAAAGGGCCGAAGUCAGGGCUCGUAUGGAAGAGGCCUCUAAAGCCAAGAAGGCCAAGAAAGGUUUUAUGACCCCUGAGAGAAAGAAGAAACUUAGGUUGCUGUUGAGAAAGAAAGCCGCUGAGGAAUUGAAGAAGGAACAAGAACGCAAAGCCGCCGAAAGAAGACGCAUUAUUGAGGAGCGUUGUGGUAAACCCAAGAUCAUCGACGAUGCUAAUGAAGGCCAGCUGAAGAAGAUUUGUAAAGAGUAUUAUGAUCGAAUGUACAUUUGCGAGGAACAGAAGUGGGAUUUGGAACGCGAAGUCCGAAAAAGAGAUUGGGAGAUCUCCGACCUCAACAGUCAAGUCAACGACCUUAGGGGCAAAUUCGUCAAACCAACCUUGAAGAAGGUUUCCAAAUAUGAGAACAAAUUCGCCAAAUUACAGAAGAAGGCCGCUGAAUUCAACUUCAGGAACCAACUCAAAGUUGUGAAGAAGAAGGAGUUCACUCUUGAAGAAGAAGACAAAGAGAAAAAACCAGAUUGGUCCAAGAAGGGAGAGGAAAAGAAGGAAAAUGGGGAAGAAGGUGAAGCUCCUAGCGCCGAAGCCGCACCUGCAGAGGGACAACCGCCAGAAGCAGGCGGUGCUGCUCCUGAAGGAGCACCUCCUUCUGAAGGUGCUCCGCCAACAGAGGGCGCCCCGGCUCCUGAAGGAGCCCCACCGGUUGAAGGCGCUUCUCCCGCUGAAGGUGCUCCUCCUGCAGAAAGUGCUCCACCAGCUGAAGGCGCGCCACCUACAGAAGAUGCCCCACCUGCUGAAGGUGCCCCACCUGCUGAAGGUGCACCACCUACAGAAGGCGCUCCACCCGCAGAAGGUGAAGCCCCUCAACCUGAAGAACCAACAGGCGGAUUCGAGACUUUUAAACAACUUGUAAUACACGAAAAUUACGAUAUAAUUGCUUUACCUGAAACAGUCCUAGCCCCCACUGAAAACAAAGAAGUAGUUUCUAUCCCCAAUUAUUCUUUAGUAGAGAAUCGUAAGGGUAGUGGCGAUGGCGUGGUUUUGUACAUAAAAAAUUCACUUAAAUAUAAAGUUGUUGAUUUGACGAGUGAUAACCCGGAAGAGCCUCAGUUGAGUUUAGAUCAACUCUUGGAUAAACUGAAACAGAGUGCUGCAGCAGCCCCAACGGCGGAAGGUGAAGCACCAGCGGCUCCUGCUGGAGAAGCUCCUGCUGAAGGAGCUCCUGCGGAAGCGCCCCCUGCAGCCGAACCAGCGGAAACACCAGCAGUGCCAGCAGAAACACCAGCUGAAGCACCACCGGCUGAAGUACCACCAGCUGAAGCUUCGUCUGCUGAAACUGCACCUGUUGCUGAAGCCGCUCCUGCAGAAACUGCAUCUGAGCCUCCCGCUGAAACUGUAACUGAGGUGCCGCCAGUUGAAACACCAGCAACUCCCAUUAUAGAAGCUGCCGCUUGAAAACGAAGCUGUAUCAAUGCUAUCGCCAUUGUUCCAUUUUGUUUUAUUUUAUUGUAGUUUUGCAGAAAUAAAAUAUUUUUAAGACUUUA